AUGAAGAAAAAAGCCCCAAAUCGGAUCCCAUCAACAUCGUCCCGUUCAUCUUCCUCUCCGUCUCCGCCUUCUUCGCCGCACUACGACCCCGUCCCCGAUCCGACGGCGUACGCCGCUCUCCCCACCGAUCUGUUCAUCGACAUUUUCCUCAGGCUCCCCGCCAAAACCCUAGGCAAGUGCAGAUGCGUCUGCAAGCAAUGGCUCCGCCUGAUCGGGGACCCGCACUUCGUGUCCGCCUACCGAGACCACGCCUGCCGCAGCCCCAACAUCGUGCUGGCCCGAAAAACCCCUCUCAUACACGAGCCCCUCGCCAAAAAACGCACCAGGAUCGACCUCUCCGCCCUAAACCUCGACGGGUACCGCAAAAACCACGAUUUCUCGUUGUUUGUGGACGACGACGGAAAUAACGUCGAGAUGCUGCCCUCGAAAUGGGACCUCGUCUGCUUCGUGAGCGAGUCCGGGUUCUACGCCUGCAACCCUAGCACGCAGCUGGUGGUGAAACUGCCUGAGGCCAGUUGCUGCACCUCGGGUGAGGUAAAUGCGGGAAUGGGUUACAUCAGGGAAAGGGAUGAAUACGUCUUGGUGCACUUGUUCGACAGGAGUGUGGAGCUUCACAUGGAUUACGACAUCGGGUGUGAGGUCCUGAGGCUGAGGGAUGGGGGAAAAGAUUGUUCGUGGAAGGUGAUGGAUGCGAAUUGUCGGUUUGUGGUCCGCGGUUGGGGAGUUUUGGUGGAGAACGUUUUCUAUUGGAUGAUUUGGGAUGAUUAUGACCAGCCGGAGGAUGAGGCAAUCGUGACCUUUGAUCUUGAGAGGGAAGAAUUCGGGACGCUAAACCCUCCCGAGGGCUGUUUCGACCCACAUGGCUUGUGGUCUUUGGUGGAGUUGGGAGAGAGGUUGUGCUUGGUGGACACUGUUGCUCAGCCUUUAACUAUGGAUAUAUGGGUCUUGGAGGAUAUUCAGAAUCAGAGGUGGGUACGGGAGUAUAGUAUUAAUAUGAACGUGUAUACUAAUGACAUGCUGAGCUUAAUUGUGCCUUUGGAUUACUGGGAAGGGAAAAUCGUGUUGGAUGUGAAGCAAGAGAGUGUGGACUGUUAUGAUGAGAAGAGGAAGUGCAUUAAGAGGAUGGACCAUUUGAUUGCAGGUGAGUGGAACUGGCUUCGACUCUACACCGAGAGCUUUUUUUCCUUGGGAGGCAAGUAG